CUCCCGGCGCUCCUCGAACCAGCGAGUUUUUUUUCCAAGCCUUUCUCUUUCUGGUCCUCCAGUUUGCCCUCGGAGCGGCCAUGCUCAACAUCCACAUCCCCUUGCUGCUGGGCCAGAUGGUGAACGUGGUGGCCAAGCACAUGCGGGUGGGCGAUUACCUGCGCAUGGUGCGCGAGCCAGCCUUGCGCCUGCUGACCAUAUACGGCCUCCAGGGCGUGUUAACCUUCGGCUACAUCCUGCUGUUGUCCUGGAUCGGGGAGAAGGUAGCCGGCAGUAUGCGGAAGCAACUUUUCUCAUCCUUCCUCCGGGAAGAUAUAGCCUUCUUCGAUGCCCACCAGACGGGCCACCUGGUCAACCGCCUGACCGCCGACAUCCAGGAAUUCAAAUCUUCUUUCAAGCUGGUCAUCUCGCAGGGUCUGCGCAGUCUCACCCAGACAGUGGGCUGCUUUGUGUCCCUUUACCUGAUUUCCCCCAAGUUGACCGGGCUCCUUGUAGUGGUGAUGCCCUUCCUGGUGGGCAUCGGGACCUUUCUCGGCACCUCGCUUCGUCGGCUCUCCCGGAAAGCCCAAGAACAGGUGUCCAAGGCUACAGCGGUGGCCGACGAGGCCUUGGGGAACGUCCGGACGGUGCGGGCCUUUUCCAUGGAACCCAAAGAGCUCCAAGAAUACGCCGCGGAAGUGGACAUUUCCAGCCGCCUCAACAUGAACCUGGGCCUGGGCAUCGCCUUCUUCCAGGGACUCUCCAACGUGGCCCUGAACU